GAUUUGUGCAUGCUGUGUGUAUCUUCUCCGACAGAGCAAAGGGGAUUUUCUAGGGUGUUUACUUGUCACGAGAACAAUAUCCAAGCGCGCACAUCUCCGCUUGUAGCCCAGCGUGCGGCGGUAACGUAGCAGCUAGAAGAAAAGCUAGGCGUAGAAGAAGAAGAAAAGGCGGAAGAGCAGCGGAUGUUUUGGUAAACAGUUGGCAUUAGAGACUUUGCAUGGUCACUGAAAACCAUGUCUGCUCUUCGAAAUGACCUUCAUAGGAAAAUGUCCAAAAAGUCAAAAAAGAGAAGGCGCAAGAAGUUGUCUUCAUCCUCCAGUGAAGAAGAUGAGAAGGCAUCCAAAGAACAAGAUGUCACCAAAAGUUUCAAAAGUGUCAAGAGGAGGCGAGAGAGUUGUGCAGCGAAACAGGAAAAUUCUGUUUCUUCUUCUAUUAAAGAAGAUUCCCAAAGCACCCGCCAGAUCAAAAAGCCUGUCUACAGACUAGCAAAAACACAAGCAGCAGACCAGAAACCUGUUAAUAAGGCAGAAGAAUGUACAAAAACAAAAAGUGUCUCUUUGCUGUUCCAUGGGGGAAAUUGCUCUCGUAAAGAAAAGCAUUUUAUUUCAGGGAAACAUAAUACUGUCAGUGGGAGUAAGACUAUGGAAAAGGGACCCUCAAAAGCUUUGAACACCGACACUCCAGGUACAGUUCCUCAGAAAACAGAGAGGAUCUCUAAAGGUAGCAUAGAUGAAAAGUCUUCCCAGCGGAGCCAAUCAAAAUUAACCAAGCUAAUGAGUCCCAGUUUGGUUUUUGCUGAGCAGAAAGAACAGAGGCAGAAUGUAAAGAAGAAGAAGAAGUGCAGAGCUGAGGAACCACGAAGGACUGGAAAUGACAGCAGCACUAAAAAGAUCAGGAAACCAAGCAAGACUUCCUCCGCUUCCAAAGAUUCUUCAAGGCAGAAGAGAAGGGAGGUGGUCAAACAGAUGUGCCAAAGGGAUCAAGAAAAGGACUUUAAGGCCAAAAGGAGACUGUAUACAGAAGCAAAAUCUCCCUCUGCCUCUACCAGAACUCUGUCCUUCACUUCAGCCAAGCACACUACCUCAGAGAGUGACUCAAAGGUGUUGAAGAAUGUCACUUCAUUCCCGAGGAGUGUCACAUCAGUGACACAUAAGACAGCUAGUUCAUCAUCUUCUCAACAAAAAAUAGGUUCUGUCACACCAUCUCUACCUCCCAAAUUUAAGAUACCAAAAAAGGUUCAACCAAGGCCAGUAGAUAGCACUGGUAAUGACAACGAUGCUGUUUCUGCAAACAGAAACUGCAAACAUGAGACUGAGCUUUCAGACUCUGGGGACUCAGUAAGAAACUUCAAGUCGGAGAUGGUCCAACAUCAUCACAACUAUUUGGAUGAAACUCUCAGUUUUUCAUCUGAAGGACAAGAUAAGAGGUCAUCCUUGUCUGACCAACUCCCAGCUGUGUGCGAUGCUGCCACUGAGCUGCGGUGUGACCAGAUGCAAGUAGUUGAAGAGCUUCACCUUGCCCGCACUGAGAAGAAAUUGGAGGUGAAUGUAAUGCAGAGCUAUGGUGAACUGACCUGUAUGGACAUAGACCCCCCAGAAGAGGGAGCUACAGAUGCAUACUGCAAACAACCCCCUCAGCAAAACCUAAUCCUCGUUCUGGACACCAACAUUCUCCUCAGUCACCUGGAUUACGUGAAAAAGAUCGGGUCUCAUGGCCUUCAAGCCCUGGGCUUCCCUGUUGUCCUGAUCCCCUGGGUGGUUCUUCAGGAGCUGGAUUCCCUAAAAAGGGGGAAAGGCCUGUCAGGUUCCGUGGCACACCUGGCCACUCCCGCCAUCACGUACAUUUACAACUCUUUGAAGAGCCGGGAACCGCACCUCUGGGGGCAGUCAAUGCAGCAGGCCGCCGAGAGCAGCAAUGGUCUGAAUGCUGAGAAUAAUGAUGACAGAGUGCUGCAGUGCUGCCUGCAAUACCAGAAUCUGUACCAAGGGUGUGCUCUGAUCCUCUGCACUAAUGAUAAGAACCUAUGCAGUAAAGCCCUCCUGAGUGGGGUGAAGGCCUUCAGCAAGAAUGAUUUGGAGGCAGAGUUUGGGAGAUCCAGACAUGGCCUUCCCCCUCCGCAAAACAUGUUGCCUCACACAAACCCUCAGAUCUCAUCACCAAUGCUGAGCAGAAGUUGCACACCGACCCAGCCAAAUAGUCAAAAGAGAACAAGCCUUUCUGUAGGACUCGUAAAGAAAUAUAGCCAGCAGCUCGGCGAAGGAGAAGAGAAGACAAAGUGGGACCUGAGCAGAUGUUUUUCUGAAAUGGAAGAUAACCUGCGGCAGGUGCUAUCGGAUGUGUUAGAGGUGGAGAUGAAGGCAGCUUAUGAAGACCUCUGGUUAGAGAUAAUUUAUCUAAAACCCCCCUGGACUCUUCAAGAUGUCCUGCAGUGUUUGAAAAAGCACUGGAUUGCGGUCUUUGGGCACAUUGUCCCACGGAGGAAGCAGCAAAUUGUUUUAAAUCUCAUUGAAUACUUCAACUCAGGUAAAACAAUAGACUGUGGUACUACCUUAGCAGCUCUUCAAGAAGCUAAGGAGCUUGUGAAAGCAUUUGGGAAAAGUUCAAGCCGUGUACCCAGUGCCAUUUCGGUAAUGGACAACAUUUUCAGUAAGCUACAACCUCAGGGGGAAUCUACUGCAUGUGAUGUUGUCAUGAAUGAUGAUGAUGAUGAUGAUGAUGAAGACAAACAACCCGCAUCUGCUCAGGUCUCUCAUCAGGAAGUGUGGGCCCUGUUUGAGACCGUCUGGUUGAAUGUGUGUCAGAUAAGCUUGGAAGUGUUCAAAGCGCUGGGCUUUGACCCUAACACCAUGCAGAGUGUUCAGCCAGUAGGAGGUCCUCCGCCACCACAGGACGCCUUGGCUUGUUUGCACAAACUGUCCUCCAUGGUCUCACAGCUGCUCCAAGCCUUCAGCAGUGUCUUGUCCUCAGCCCCUAGUUUUGAAGACGUCCAGACACUGCUCAGCAUCAUCCACUCAAAUAAGAUUGUUAAUGUGGAUUCCAGAUUGACAGCCAUAGACCUACUUGAUUGUUUCUCACAACAGGACUACAGGGAGAAGCUAAGAGUUGGAGGGGCCCAGUUAAUGGAGCUAAAAGAGGCCCUGGAUCGCUGUGUUGCGGCCACGGGUCAAAACAUCACCUUCACCUCAUCGCCCUGAGGGGACCAGUGUCAGGAAGUUUGCACAUCGGACAAACAGAUUCCUUGAACAAAGGGAUAUCCUUUCCUUCAGGUGAAAACUGUAAGUUAAAGGGAUGUUUGCUUUUAUUUUGCCUCCCGUGACUGUGCCUGUGUACAUGUUUAAUUCCCAUGUAUAAAAAUGUUUCUUGUGACAGACAAUAUUGUUCUGUUUCCCUGAAUGAAUGGAUGUCUAUUGGUGGAUCUCCAUUAUUGUAAAGGGUAAAACAUUCGUUAAAAGGAGCUUGUAUUUUCUGUAUCAGGCUGUUUUUCAGUAGUUUUCCGAUAUUCGUUCAGCUAUUUUACACUCCUUCUCAUAUCUCCUGGCAAAUGAUCACAAUUGAGCAGGGAUUUUUCAUCUUUUUUUAUAUUUCAGGUGUUAUUUAUUUCAGCAAGUCUGUCAACAUUUGUGCAGAUAAAAUAUUGUAUUAUUUUGAUUAAAACUGAUUAGUUAAAUUAAAGCACUGGUUUUCAUUAUCGUUAUCUAAAUUUUUAUAUUUGCUUUUUCAUAGUUUGUUACAUAGUGCAUACAAAGAAUUUGGGAUAUUUAUUGUUUUUAGACCAUUUGAAUGUGUAAUGAUGCAACAUUGUCUGAAAUCCAAACUACCCCACUCCCAGCCCACUGUGACGACUGACAGAUUUCUUUUUUUAUGACUAUACUUAACUACAUUUUAAUGUCUUUUUGCUAUUUUUCAACCCAGACCCCAUUAAAUAGUUGUUUUCCCAUUUCAACUUCACCAAAAUAAAUCUUCAGUUUAAAAAAGCUUAAUGCAGCUUCUCACUGUGCUUAAAGGAAUAGUUUGAUUUAGUGGUAAAUAUGCUAAUUCACUUUCUUACUCAGAGUUGGAUGAGAGGAAUGACACCUCUCUUAUAUCAGUCAGUUGACUAUGAAGCUACAGCGAACGAGAAGAUUAGCCGAGGAAGAAAGCUACAUCUGCCUACCAGCUCACUAACUAACACGUUACAUCUUUUUGUUUAAUCCGUACGAAAACCAAAGGGAUUUUUCCCUCGCGGUUUGUACUGAGAAUGCUAUGUGACCGAAUCAGAGAGUAACCAAUGGAGGGCUAAGGUCACAGACAGUGCACAUAGCCCCCCCUCAAAUCAAACUUGUCAUGGUUUGACACCCUCGUAUUAUCAUACUGACUAUCCUCUGACCAUUAGAUUUCAAAAUCAUGAUUUUUGAAAGCCAAAACAUUUUCCAUUUGAACUUCCCAAGUGUCCAAACGAGAAGCUGCCACACAAUUGCUAAUUUUUUGAACACUAAAGCUGUUGGUGAGGUUGUGCUUCGUUUAAUCAUAAAUGAUAGAAAACCCCCUUUUAAAUUCAGCCUAGGUUGAAAACCAGUGAGCCCACAUUUUCAGCUUUUUGCUCAUUUUGUUGAUUUUUACAAGUAGAAGUGUAAAUUAUUGGAGAACACAGAAUAUAUUUCAAGUAAAACAGUUGCAUGUUUUCAACAAGAAAUUAAAUGUUU